AUGGCGGCCAUGGAGGCAGAUGGGCUGCUGCUGACCCUGGAAUCGCUGCCCACUGAUCCGCUGCUGCUCAUCUUAUCGUUUUUGGACUACCGCGACCUGAUCAAUUGUUGCUAUGUCAGUCGAAGACUUAGCCAGCUGUCUAAUCAUGAUCCGCUGUGGAGGAGACAUUGUAAAAAAUACUGGCUUAUCUCCGAGGAAGAGAAAGCACAGAAGAAUCAAUGUUGGAAAUCUCUCUUCAUAGAUACGUACUCUGAUGUAGGAAGAUACAUUGACCACUAUGCUGCUAUUAAAAAGGCUUGGGAUGAUCUGAAGAAAUAUUUGGAACCCAGGUGUCCACGGAUGGUUUUAUCUCUGAAAGAGGGGACAAGAGAAGAAGACCUAGAUGCAGUGGAAGCUCAAAUUGGCUGUAAGCUUCCUGAUGAUUAUCGAUGCUCUUACCGUAUCCACAAUGGGCAGAAGUUAGUGGUUCCUGGGUUAUUGGGAAGUAUGGCCCUGUCUAACCACUAUCGUUCUGAGGAUUUGUUAGACGUUGAUACGGCUGCUGGAGGGUUCCAACAGAGACAGGGACUGAAAUAUUGUCUCCCUUUAACUUUUUGCAUACACACUGGUUUGAGUCAGUACAUAGCAGUGGAAACUGCAGAAGGCCGAAACAAAAAUGAAGUUUUCUACCAAUGUCCUGACCAAAUAGCUCGGAAUCCAGCUGCAAUUGAUAUGUUUAUCAUAGGUGCUACUUUCACUGAAUGGUUUACCUCUUACGUCAACAAUGUUGUAUCAGGUGGCUUUCCCAUCAUCCGAGACCAAAUUUUCAGAUAUGUCCACGAUCCUGAGUGUGUAGCAACAACUGGAGAUAUUACCGUUUCUGUUUCUACAUCGUUUCUGCCAGAACUUAGCUCUGUCCAUCCUCCUCAUUACUUCUUCACAUACCGCAUCCGGAUUGAAAUGUCAAAGGAUGCACUUCCUGAGAAGGCUUGUCAACUGGACAGUCGCUAUUGGAGAAUAACAAAUGCUAAAGGUGAUGUAGAAGAAGUUCAAGGACCUGGAGUUGUUGGUGAAUUUCCGAUCAUCAGCCCAGGUCGGGUUUAUGAGUACACAAGCUGUACCACAUUCUCUACAACAUCAGGAUACAUGGAAGGCUAUUAUACCUUCCAUUUUCUUUACUUUAAAGAUAAGAUCUUUAAUGUUGCCAUUCCCAGAUUCCAUAUGGCAUGCCCGACAUUUAGGGUGUCUAUGGCCCGAUUGGAGAUGGGUCCUGCUGACUAUGAAGAUAUAGAGGAAGAGGAAGAUGAUGAUUCAGGAGAUGUGGAUGAAUCAGAUGAAGAAGAUGAGGGGAGGCGGAGGCGAGUCUUUGAUGUUCCCAUUCACAGACGCCGCUGCUCACGCCUUUUAUAGCAAGGUUUCUGCUGAUGGAAGCACUGGAGAGAACCCAGUCUGUUAUGUAGACUUUUCAGUAAUGUAAAUAACUAAAUUGUUUUCAGCAUAUAGCAGGAAACCUAGCAUGAAAUACCAAUCCAGGCCCUGAGUUCUAUGUGAAAGUAUGUUAGCAACUGGAUUGGUUG